AUGGAUACGUUGAAAGAUGUACCAGAGUUUUUCGAAACGCAGCUUGAUGAGUCUUUAGCCGCCAGGACCGAAAGUUUAGGUUCUUUUCGUGAACUUGGUCCUCCUGACCUAUGUCAUGUUACGAAAGCUAAUGCAAAACCCGGUGUAAAGGAGGUUGGUUCUUACCAUUAUGUUUCUGGGGUUGAUGCCUCUUCUUCUGCCACUUUAGCUGCAUAUCUUAAUUCAUUAACAUACGCAUUGGAAGAUAACCAUGCUUGGUUUACUAAAUCAUCGGCUUGGAGAAUACGAUCUGGAGUUUAUUGUUGUUUUAAUGCGUUUUCACGUGUGGAUGUCCGUGUAGAAGUCAAAAUUCCUGGUGGAGUGGAAAGUUAUAUCGUGGAUUUACGUGGCGAAAAACAUGAUGCAACUUCAGAUAUUUGGCAAGAGACCUAUAUUUCUGCUCUUUUACGCUCUAUACUUUACUCAGACGAUGUCAAUUAUCGAUUGGCUGGUUUCCGCAAAUUGGAUCCCAUCCCUAACGUCGAAGCAGAAGCUCAUUUCUUGGAGGCAGCGGAGCAACUUUUCUUUAAAGGAUGGCAAUUGGGUUCUGAUCCUGAAAUACAAGUUGCCACAGUUGUCAGUAAUCAUUUAACUGCUGGCAUCAUGAAAUAUUUUAGUGAAAAUUUUAGAUAUGAACGAGCACUUAUGUUCCUUAACUCAUUAUUACUGUAUCAUAAAGACCCUGAAGUAGCGUCGUUGUUAGCUCAGUCAUAUAUUGGAAUGGAUGAGGAAAUAAAGGCGGUUAAAAAGUUAUAUGAGGCCUUAAAGAAAAACCCAAUGAGUUACGCACUUUUACAUGUUCAAGCGGAUUUCUUAUUAAGCAAGGGUAAAACUGAUUAUGCGCUUAAACUUGCAAAACAAGCGGUAAAUUGUGCACCUUCAGAGUUUGUAACUUGGGCGAAAUUAACAGAAGUUUACAUUGAGCUCAGAGAUUAUGAAUCGGCUCUAUUGACAUUGAAUUCUUGCCCGAUGUUCACAUAUAAUGAAAGAGAUAUGCAUCGUAUGCCAUCACCAGCAAAGACACAUCUUCCAAUCAAACAAGAUAUCAUUAAUGCAGGACUCCUUGAAGAGGACAACGGGCGCGAUAAUGAAGCGGAUGUCGCGCUUUUACGUCUUCCUGCGCCAUCCCUUCGUGGAACUUUUGCUAAAGCAUAUUCAUUGUUGACAAGUUUAGUAGCGAAGAUCGGAUGGGAUGAACUAUUAAAGUGUCGAUCAUCUGUUUUUGUAAUGGAAGAAGAAUACCGUAUGCAGAAGGCGGCGGAAGAAGAGAGGAAAAUUCAAAACACCGUUAUCGAUCUUCCACCGUCUCCUCAAGAACAAGAAAAUAAUACGGAUGUUGUUGCAAACGCAAAUGCCAAUGAUGUAAAUGAUUCAAAAGAUUCAUCACAGUCUGUGCCUGCAAUCACUAUAUCUAGGGAUUCAACCGUUGAUGGUUCAGAGGAUACGAAAGAAAAAAAUGUAGAAAAUACACAUGAGGGAGACCGUGAAACGACCAACGGCCGAGAGGUAAAGGAUGAUGACAUAAAUGAAAAAGAAAAUUCCAACCUGAAUGCUGUUGAUGAGCGUUCACUUGACUCUGAAAAUAUGGAGGAAGUUAAUUUAGAUGACGAGAAAUCUAAUUCAAACAAUAAAACUAAGACAGCUCCAGUAAUAGAAUUUAAGGGUCCUAAAUUAGAAAAGCCUUUACAAGCAGCCAACGAGGAAAAAAAUGAUAAUCAAAGUAUACAUGAUGAACAAUCCAAGGAUGUUUCAACAAAGAAAGAUUAUUCAUUCUCAUUUAAUAAUAAAAGAUUGUGCGAAAGGUGGCUUGAUAAUCUUUUUAUGGUCUUAUAUGAGGAUUUAAGAGUAUAUACUGUUUGGCGUUCCGAAGUUUCUCAUUAUAAAGCCCAUCACAUGUCUUAUCGUAAAACGGGUACAGAAUGGGAAAUUUUAGGUGAUUUGGCCGCGCGAUUGCAUCAUAAGGAUGAUGCAAAAGAGGCUUAUCAACGUUGUCUUGAACAUAAAUUCUCAGCAAAGGCUUGGUUGAGAUUAUUGGAAUUCUAUGCGGACGAAGGUGACGUACAUCGUGCUUUAUCGGCUGUUGUAAAAUUAACGGUUUACCACGAGCGAUGGUAUCACGAGAUAGUUUACCCAACGGCAAUCGCUCAUAAUCUUAAUAAAUUAAUUCGAUCCGAAGGUUUAUCAAAAGUUAGAUAUAACUUAAUUUCAAUGAAUUUAUCACCUUCGGUAGACAAAUUAGUAACAAGAUAUCUGGAUUUUGCUAAAACUUUUAAAAUCCCUGGAUCUAAUUUCUAA